AUGCUUCGAGUUCUCAUAAGACAUCAUCGAGUCGUCAAGCCACGCAGAGAACCCACAGUUUUUGACUUAGAAUUUCACAAAUGGAAGGAAGACAUGAAGCAAUGUAUAGAUAAAUAUCGCAGAGAAUUUUGGGAAAUACAAACUCAAGUAGAAAAUGAGUGGAUUGAACAUUUUAAUGAAAGAUGGACCAUCAAAAGAAUAAAGCAAGACAUUCACUGGAGAGAAAGUGUGAUAAAAAUAUCAAAAAAUACAAAGAAACUGCUGGAUUACAGGGCAGAGAAGGAAAGGCAAAGACAAUCUCACCAAAAGAUGCUGGAUGAAAUUGAAGCCAAUGAAAAUGCAAGAAAGUCAUUGUACAUCAGUGCUUUGAAUUAUGAAAGCCAGUUUUGGAUCACUAAGGAGAAUAUGGAUGAAAGGAUUAGAGAGCAGCUCAUUGUGCCUCAUAAUCUUGAUUUUACCGAGUAUUACACUCGACUGAGAUACCACAGCCUUCAAAUGGAUGACGGAAUAAGUGCAUCCAAGUUUGACAACUUCAAUAACCGUGAAGAAACUUUCAAAAGAAACCAACUUUUGCAUCCUUUUUACGUCGAGCUUAAAAGCUGCAUUAAGCACUUAACAUACACUCCAGAGCAUCAGCUUCAACAAGACUACGAAGGCAUGAAAUCCCGCUUAUACACUCAGCCAGAAAAGAUUAAACUAUUACGUGAAAAGUAUAUACAAAUUGUCAAAGCUUCUCGAGCUCUCGAUCAAAUGGAUGACAUUUUCUUAAUCAGGACCCACAAACAAUUAGGAUUAUUAAAAAAAAUGCUUGGGUUUUGGGAUCAAUAUAUUUCCAUAGUAUCCUUUAUAAAUUCAUUUUAAAACAAAAUUAUUAUAAUUUAUUAAGGAAUAAUUAAGUCAAAAGAGAAUAAAAUUAGACGAAAUUCAAAUGAUGUCUUAUGUGGCAAGCUUAGAUGGCAGCAACCAAGAGAUUGAAGAAAAAGUGUUUGAAGAAGAGAUAAACGAUUUCGAAGAAGAUAUGAAGCCGCCAAAUCCUGAAAGUUCUGAUUACUUUGAAGCACAAAAUACGCCAAAGGAACAAAUUUUGGAAAUCAUGCAAGCAAAAGAAGAAUUGAAAAAGCCUGAAUGGCAAAUGGAUGAACUGAUUGAGGGAGAUCAAAAAGGAACUGAUAUUGAUAUGUAUGGGGAAGAAGCAUCAUUUAAAAAUGUAGAACCAAAUGAAUCAAAACAAACUUUAGAUCAGCUGCUUACUCCCCUAUCCAUGAUAGAACGAUUUUUAUAUGUUAAAGGUCAAGCAUCCAACCAAAUUCCUACUUUACCUUAAAUCUAUACGUAAUUAAAAUGAAUAAAAAAAAUAUACUGAUAGCCAUCAUUCUAUUUUAUAAAUAAAAAUAUGUUACAGUACCCCCAAUAGAUAUGCUUUUAUUUAUUAUAAUUCCCUGGCUAAAUUUCUUAUAGACAUUAUACGUGCCAUUUUCAUAUGAAAUUUCAAAUUAUGAAUUUGCCGCACUAAAUCUGCGUUUUGAAAAGCAUAUUUGAUUUUCAUAUACCAAAUUCAAAAUGACAUGCAUAUUCAUGAUAAGAAAUUAUUGCAACAAAAUAUAAUUUUAUUUUCUAUUUCUUCGACUAUCUCAUAAUAUUUAAAUGUAAUAAACUUAAUAUAAAAUUAAGAUGAUAAAGCAUUUGUUUAUAAUUUAAAUAAAAAUUUUCAUUCCAACCUUAAUCGGCUCGAUGAAGGAUGGGAUAGUUAGAGAACUUAAUCAAGAAAUGAGCGCUAAUGAGCUAUUUAAUAUGGGACAAGAAAUACCUGACUUAAAAACAUAUCAAGAGCACGAUGAGCUUGCUAUUAAAGCAAAUCAGCCAAUUGCUCCAAAAAUCUUCAAUCCUUCUAUAUCUUUGUUAGGACUUCAUGAAAGAAUUUCCAAAAUAAAUGAAUAUAAACUAGAUCUUCAAGGAAGAUGGAGGAAAUCAGAAUGUCUGGGCUUGAUUGAAAGUAUUAACAAUACUCACAUACAAGAACCUCACAUGCUGUUGAAGGUAUUUAGCCAUCUUCAAUAUGAUCCUCCUAAAUUUGACUAA